GAAUACGUAUCUAGUUUGGACUAUGUGGACCAUGUCAGUCCAAGUGAUAGUGUGUGUUAGAGGACAGGGCACCUGCGGAUCCAGAAAUGUACUUUUUGGAGUUGUGCCGCAAAGAGGUUUUUGUAUGACUGCAGCAGGCACAGUCAUAGAUGGAAAAGUGGAGGCAAGACGAAAAGGUAAAGAUGGUUCAGGAGUUAGAAAAAGGGGUGUGGAUGGACGGGUACGCAGUUUUGAGGAGAUCCCCAACACAGGCAGGAGCGGCUGGGUCAACCUGGUCAAGUUCUGGAGGGAAGGUCGGUUCCGGCAGCUUCACAAACACAUGGAGAGGACGUUCAAGAACCUGGGGCCCAUCUACAGGGAGCAUGUUGGUACCCAGAACACAGUGAACAUCAUGCUGCCGUCUGACAUCAGUGAGCUGUUCCGCUCAGAAGGGUUGCACCCUCAAAGGAUGACCCUGCAAGCCUGGGCCACACACCGAGAAACCAGACAGCACAGCAAGGGAGUCUUCCUCAAGAACGGUGAGGAGUGGCGCACUGACCGUCUGCAGCUCAACAAGGAGGUGAUGAUGAGCACGGCCGUAAAGCGCUUUCUCCCCCUCCUUGACGAAGUGGCGAGGGAUUUCUGUCAAAUGCUGAGAGACAAAGUGGAGAGGGAGGGGAAAGGCGAGGAGGGCAGACGCAGCCUCAACAUCGAUCCCAGUCCUGACCUCUUUCGCUUUGCACUGGAAGCCAGUUGUCAUGUUCUUUACGGUGAACGCAUCGGCCUCUUCUCCUCAUCUCCCUCCUUGGAGUCUCAGAAGUUCAUCUGGGCUGUGGAGAGAAUGCUGGCCACCACCCCUCCUCUCCUCUACCUGCCCCCCCGCCUGCUGCUCCUUAUCGGUGCCCCCCUGUGGACCCAGCAUGCCACUGCAUGGGACAACAUCUUCAGCCACGCGGAGGCGAGGAUCCAGAGGGGAUACCAGCGACUGUCAUCUACCCUGAGUCGAGGGUCUACAGUUGGGGCUGCCGGGGGCCAGUACACAGGCGUUUUGGGCCAGCUCAUGGAAAAAGGGCAGCUAUCUUUGGACCUCAUCAAAGCCAAUAUCACUGAGAUGAUGGCUGGAGGGGUUGACACGACAGCGGUGCCCCUGCAGUUUGCUCUCUUUGAGCUGGGUCGUAACCCAGAGGUGCAGGAGAGGGUGAGGCAGCAGGUGAAGGCUUCAUGGGCUCAAGCUGGAGGUGACCCGCAGAAAGCCCUGCAGGGGGCGCCACUCCUGAAAAGCACAAUCAAGGAGAUUCUCAGGUUGUAUCCAGUGGGAAUCACAGUGCAGCGGUACCCGAUCAGAGAUAUUGUUAUUCAGAACUAUCAUAUACCUGCUGGGACGGCGGUUCAGGCCUGUCUUUACCCCAUGGGAAGGAGUGCAGAGGUGUUUAAUGACCCACAGCGCUUUGACCCUGGCCGAUGGGGUGACAACAGAGUGGAAGGUAAAAGAGGAAGAGGAGCAGAUGGAGGAGAGGGGGCAGGGUUUCGAUCCCUGGCGUUCGGGUUCGGAGCGAGGCAGUGUGUCGGGAGGAGGAUUGCAGAGAAUGAGAUGCAGCUGUUGCUCAUGCAUAUCCUGCUGAGCUUCCGUCUCAGCGUGUCGUCCACAGAAGACAUCGACACCACGUUUACCCUCAUCCUCCAGCCUCACACUCCGCCGAGGAUCACUUUCACCAAGCUCUGAGACACGCAGCAGAAACAUCCAUCAGUACAAACAUCACUUUCACACUGUGUUUAAAGUUCAGCUAAACCAGAGGCCCAAUUUGUCUGAGGUAAUCUGAUCAGAUGGAAGUGGACCUUGAAAAGUGGUUGUUCAAAUGCAAAGCAGUUUUUUUUUUUUUAAAUGAGUGGGUUUCAGAGACAAGUUUUUUUUUUUUUUUUUUUACUUUUUUCUAGGAGAUAAAGUAGAUUUUAGACAACAUCAAGUGUUCAGUACAAUAAAAUAAAAUAUUAUCCCCACAAAGAAAGACCCCAAACUGUUGUCAGUUUUAAUCAGAAACAAUAAAAUAAUACAACUCAUUUAAACGGUUAUUUAUCAACUAAUUCUGUGUGGAGUUUGCAUGUUUCUCUUGUAUCUAUGAAGGUUCUCUCUGAAUGUUCCAGCUUCCUCUGACCCUCCAAGGGAU